AAAGACGUAGAGAAAGCCUCUCAUCAUCAGUACUCAUCACCUUCCUUUGAAGCAGCAGGUCGUAGCUAGCUAGACACCCGCGCUCGCUCGUCUCCAUUGAAGCGAGAAAUAAAGUAGAAAGACACAGACACACUUGAGUAGAAUUUUAGAGAUGAUGUCGAGAGAACGCAAGAAGGCAGCUGCUCUACACGAGAAGCUGCAGAUCCUGCGCUCCAUCACUCACUCCCACGCGCUCAGCAACACCUCCAUAAUCACGGACGCGUCAGAGUACAUCAAGGAGCUAAAGCAGAAGGUUGUCAGGCUCAACAAGGAGAUCGCAUGCGCAGAAGCUGCAGCACUCAGACAGAACUCCAUCCCCACGGUGACGGUGGAAACCCUAGGGCACGGGUUCCUCAUCAACGUGUUCUCUGACAAGAGCUGCCCCGGGUUGCUUGUUUCUAUCCUGGAAGCCUUCGAUGAGCUGGGCCUCAAUGUACUCGAAGCAACGGCAUCUUGCGACGAUACCUUCCGUCUUGAGGCUGUAGGAGGAGAGAACCAGGUGGAUGAGCAUGUCAUCAAGCAAACGGUGCUCCAGGCCAUCAGCAACAGCAACUGCUCGGAGAGCAGCGGUGACCAGGAGGGGUAGAGCAAUGGUGAUCUUCCAUUUGCAUUGGAUGGCAUUUUGAUCAGGACAAUCAUAUCGCGCUUAUGGACUGCAGCUAGCUGAAUUUCAUUUCCCUAUCUAGCUUCUUGCUCGAUCAGUUGCAAAUUUUCCGUGACUCUUCUCUUGAUUGACAUCUACCCGAGAUGAUGAGCUGCAAAUAUCUAUGUCAGAUGAAACCCUAGCAUCCCCUUGUACUACCAGAUAAUGAUAUUAUAUAUGUGUACGUACGUAGUCCAUAAUCCAUAUAUGGAGAUUGGCAAGGUGUAAGAUAUGCUAGCUAGCUGUACGUUCAUUGUACUACUGAUAUGAUGACCAUAGUAAGCUCAUAUAUGUUUGCCCUUUC